CUGCAGUUCCCUCAUCAUGUGGAUCGGGGAUACCCUCCCGGGCAGACCCCUCUGCCCACAGGGCACUGAGUGUAAGUUGCCCCGUUGCAUGUUCUACCACGAGAUCUCGCCUAGCCAGGGCUUCGUCUCUUUUGAUAAUGAUACUACUCGUGCACCUCCCUCUGCGACCCCGGCAGACCAGGACCAACAACCAGCACGAUUGAAGUUGGACUUCCAAGCUUCGCCCUAUUACAAGCCGCCCCAAAACAUUGCUGCUUUGCCUAAAUCACCAAACCCCCUGGACGUUGAGCCCUCGCGCACUGUCGCAUCACCCAAAUCACCUCCUCCAACGCGUGACGAGCCAAAUGCUGCUUCAGAGGCCGAGGUCCAAGUACGUUUGGCUCCACGCCCGCUGAAAAAGGAGCCUGUCAACUAUGUGAAGAGGACUACUUUGCUCAAAGCGUUGCACCAAUACAUGGAGCCUUUCAACGCAAAGCUGAGAAGGGCUGUUAAAUUAGAAUACCAAGUCCUGCAUUUGAGCCCAAACCUACUGAUCAAAUUGGCCGUGGACGAGGAGGAGACAAUCGCCAAGGAGCAUUGCGCAGUCUAUGAGAAUGUUAUGAAGCAGCGCUUGUUCGCUUUGAAAAAAAUGAAACUGGAGCAGUGGGUCAAAAUGAGACGCGAAGCUAUUGCUCAGGAGAACGGCAAUUCAUCAACCAAGCCCGUUGUAAAGAGGGUGAUUUCAGGCCUCAAGAAAGAGUACGAGGUCAUGGUCCUUCGAGAGUUAAAGGCAACCAAGCAACAACAAAUGGCCUACGACGUGGUCACCGAGAUGCCUACUGAAGCUGAUAUUGCGGCGGCGAGCUAUGCACAGGAGCUUGCAUUUCAUUGGGAGGUGUGCGACCGAUGCCACUCUCGUUUCCAAGUGUUUCCUGAGCGUCGACAACGUGAUGGCGUACUGACAACCAAAGACACAUGCCGGCACCACUGGGGAAAGAAGUUUCGGCCAAUGUCUCAACCAGGCCAGCCCUUGGAGCCUUACAUAAUGCGCUGCUGCAAUGAGCCUGUAGGCUCUCCUGGCUGCACAGUUGGUGAUACGCAUGUCUUUAAGAUCAACUUUCCAGCACGCAUGGCAUUAGUCAUGCCGUUUAUUGAGACGCCAGAGAACAAGAAUGUCGGAAUGGACACUGCAGUUUCAUUCGAUUGUGAGAUGGCGUAUACGACUUAUGGUCUCGAGCUCAUGCGACUUACAGUCGUCUCCUGGCCUGAUCCCAAACCUUUAGUAGAUGUCCUUGUCCGUCCACUAGGGCACGUACUUGAUUUCAACACCCGAUUUUCUGGCAUCACCGCACAGCAAUUUCUCGAUGCUAAACCGUACGACCCGGAGAACCCAAAGCCUGUUAAACAUGAUCUUCGCAUCGUGGACUCGCCAAUGUUGGCACGGGAUCUCCUGCUCUCUCAUAUUUCCCCUCAAACUCCCCUCAUCGGACAUGCGAUUGAGAAUGACUUGAACGCUGUACGUCUUAUUCAUCCAACCAUAAUUGACACUGUCAUUCUAUUCCCUGCUCGCGGCGGUCCGCCCUUUCGCAACAGCCUCAAGAACCUUGCAAAGUGGCACCUGAAUUGGGACAUCCAACAAGGCGGCGCAGAUGGGCAUGACAGCUAUGAGGACUCGAAGACCACAGGUGAGCUAGCUCGGUUCAGAUUGGCGGAGUUCUGGCAAGGUCUGCGAACUGCGGGACAUAGCAUUUCUCGCAGUGGCAUCAUCCCGCCACUUUCCAAGGCUCCCAGCCAACCACCAUGGCGAAAGAAUCCCAUGCCACAGCGGCCUCCCCCGGGAAACAAUCCAUCUCCUCCAAUGAAUUUCAUGCAACAGCCACCUCCCCCGGGAGUCGGUUCAUCAUUUCGGUUGGGUUCAAUGCCUCCUCCACCACCUCCCCCACCCGGACCACCCUCGCCACCAUCAGAAGCCCCCUCUGCUCCGACCAUGAUCGGAAACGAAGGGCUCGCUGCAAGUGACGGCAAGAGGAAGAGAUGGGAUGAUUACGAUGACGGUACCAGGAUUCACAAGAAAGCUGGUCGGGAUUCACGUGAGUAG